AUGUGGUCACAUGGGAUCUACGCGGUGAUGGUCUGCACCUUGACUCACUCUCCUUUCUUCACGAUGGCGUCGUCUCUACAACAGUCCUACUCCGCUCUGACCUCUGGCCUCACGGAGCUGAAUCUGGAAGCCCCCUCAGUCCCUGGCGUGUUCCUCCUGAGCGGGGCCCAUGCCUUCCCCCUGGUCACCAACAGCCAGGGCCAGGUCCAGGUGGCGGCGUCUGGGUACGGCUCGGGCAGACUGCUCGCCCUCAGCCACGGCUCCUACGUCCGCUCUGUGCCUGAGCUCAUGGAGAAGGCCCUGGACUGGCUCCGGGGCGACUCACAGAACCUGGAGGUCGGAGUCCAGCAGAGCCUCAAAGACCUCAAAGACCAGACCUUCAAGACCAAGUUCCAGUUCAAAGUCCUGGAGCGGUUCAGCAGCUACCAGGGCAUCAGGGUGUUUGUGACGGACGCGACCAGUGUGGAAGGAAGUGCGGAGGAGAUCGUGGCGUUCCUGAAGGGCGGGGGAGGGGUCCUGAUCGCGGGCCAGGCCUCAGACUGGGCCGCCCAGAACCCAGACCAGAACGUUCUGGUCCAGUUCCCGGGGAACAAGGUGUCGUCAGUGGCGGGGGUCUACUUUGUCGGAGAGAAAGGAGAGAGCAAACGGUUCAGCAUCGGACCGAAGAUUCCCGACUGGAAAACCAUCGUUCUCAGUGACAGCUUUACAGAGGAGCGUAAGACUCUCCUGGAGGGAGUGACCGAGCUCAGAUUGAGGGAGAGCGCUUACGCGUCUCAAGUCCUGGUCCACGGACUCCUGUCGUUCCCCAUCGCCUGGAACCAGGAGGGGGCGGUGUUUCUGGCCGGAGCUUACUACGGGAAAGGAAGAGUCAUCGCGGCUUCACACUCCAGGAUGCUGGAGGACAACCCGGUGUUCUGGGGAAAUGCUCUGCGCUGGUUGGACCGCGGCCGCCAGGGGACCGUGGGCUACGACGCGUACCACACAGCCGUGGUCCUGUCCCAGACCGGGUUCCGCCUGGAGGAGGGCUUGUUCAAGGCCGGGCUCAGCGUCUACGUGGCCACGCACUACAAGGACGAACAGAUCCAGGAGAUGCUGGACUUCGUGGCUGAAGGAGGAGGCCUGGUGCUGGCGGGACAAGCCUGGACCUUCACCCAGAACAGCGACGCCAACUACCUGGUAGAGCUCGCUGGAAACAAGCUCCUGAACCCCGCUGGGAUCACGCUGCUCUCCUCUAUAAUGGGAGGAGGAGUGUUCAAGGCCCCGGGGCCCGAGGCCCCUGUCAGGGACCACCACUUCAGCCACACUCUCAGCACCUUCGUGGGCUUCGUGUCCGGAAACAAAGUCCUGAGUCCAGAGGAAGAGACGGCCAUGAAGGCCAACAUCCCCCACAUCCAGGCCUACAUCAAGACCUACAACCACCAGAAUUACUACUACCAGCAGACGCUGGCCACGCUGGUGCAGGUCCUGAAGAAGUCCGGUCUCCCACAGGUGUCAGAGAGUUCUCCUGCCACCAGCUGGAAGGACAAGAUGCUGCUGAGUCUGGUUUCUGGAGUCUACGAAGCCUCCACAGAGACGCUCCAGGACGAGCUGUUGAAGACCCUGCACCCAAACCAGUCCCAGCUCCCCAUGGUCCAGAACCAGAGAGUCCGAGUGAGCGCAGACACAGGAGAUGGAGAGGAGUGGAUCAGCACAGGUCUCUAUCUUCCUCCUGGGUUAAAGACCAACGUGACGGUCCCAGUGGAGAUGGUCGGCAAGAACUGGAAGGUGCAGAUCAGCUGUCAGUCCGAUGAGCUGGACACAAAGGACGACUUGUACCGAGCUCCUGUGGUCUCCGAGCGCUUCAUGGUCUCUGCUGAGACCACGAUGGUCCAGAACGUCUGGGGAGGUCUCAUUUAUCUGAUCGCACCUCCCAAAACCAAAGUCACCGCCGCAGAGGUCACCGUCCAAGAAGCUGUUCGCUGUCCGUACUAUAGAUCUGGAGAGACCUCUCUGGAGGACUGGCUGCAGAUGCGCUCGGCCCCGGGUCCGUGGGCGGAGCUGGAGUUUGAGAACCUGAUCCUGACCGUCCCCUCUGGUGUGGUGAGGACCAUGGACAGACCAGAUGAGGUGGCGGCACUAUGGGACAAGAUCAUGAGAGCCAUCGCGGAUCUGUCUGGGAUUCCACACAAGUUCCAACGAAAGGAACGCAUCGUCACUGAGGUUCAGAUCUCAGCAGGCCUGAUGCAUGCUGGGUACCCCAUCAUGGGCCACACGCCUAAAGCCAAGGUGAUGACGAAUUUUGCAGAGAUCAAGAAAGUGGGACUAUGGGGCCCCAUCCACGAGCUGGGACACAACCAGCAGAGGUGGCAGUCAGAGUUUUGGCCAAACACCAGGGAAGCGACGUGCAACCUGUGGUCUGUGUAUGUGAGCGAGACAGUGCUGGGAUUCACUGUAGACAUGUACCAGGGAAAUGACGUGACCGCAGAGUUCCGAGCCGGAGUCAUAGAAAAGUUUGUUAAAGACGGAAAGAAGCUGGACGACUGGAACACGUGGGUGGCCUUCGAGACAUAUCUGCAGCUGAAGGAGAAGUUUGGCUGGGACGCCUAUAAGAAGGUGUUUGCGGCGUACCAGGCCAUGGACGACUCUCAGAUCACAAACGACAACACCUUCAAGAUGAACCUGUACGCAGAGACCUUCUCCCGCAUCGUCGGCAUGGACCUCACCGGGUUCUUAAAGUCCUGGAGCUGGCCCAUCCAGGACAAGACCGUGGAGGCCCUGUCCAGCCUCCCAGACUGGAACGACCACCCCAUGGUCCAACACAACUGA